GUUCUAACUUUUUUCAACCUGCUGGCAACGCCGAUUUUUCGCCGAUAUAAACUAUCGAUUACCGCCGCUUGUCAAAUUUGACAGCUGAUUUAAGGUUAUACUGCUGCCGUUGCAAUCGUUCCACCAAUUUGGUUCCCGGUCGGAAAAUUACAUAACUUGAAGAAGAAACCAUGUCGCAGGCUCCCGUUCGCGUUUCCCCUUUGAUCAAGUUCGGCAGAUGGUCCUUGCUCCUGGUGGGCAUUGCCUACGGUGCCGCCCACCAGAGCCGCCUGUCCUCGAAGGAGGAAAAGGUCCGUGAGAUCGAGGCGCAGCAGAAGGUCGUUCGGGAUGCGAAACUCGCCGAGGAGAAGAAGCGCAGCGCUGAGGCUGAAGCCCGUGCUCUGGCCGAGCUCUCGAAGCCCACUCCCAAGCACUAGGAUCCUUCAGGAUGACCCCUUAGCUUAAAAUCUAAAAAACCACAACACUUACACACGAAGUUCGCCUGAACGAAGGAACAGGAGCAUCGAUAGUGGAGCCUCCAUCUAUCGAUCACCGACUAUCGAUCGUUCUUGUGUUUUCCUCUGAUGUUUGUGCAAAACAGAAUGUUCGCAAUUAAAUGAUUGAAACAAAA